AUGAGCUACAAUCUCUUCCUUCUGGCUUUUGUCCUGGGCAUUGGUGGAGGUUUCCAGUACGGGUUGCAGGUCUCCAUUAUCAAUUCUCCUGCUGAGUACAUCAAAAGUUUCAUCCGUGAGACCUGGCUGAAGAGGUUUGGCUCUUCUCCCAGUGAAGAGAUGAUUACUUUGAUGUGGUCCUUUGUUGUGUCCAUUUACAGCAUCGGUGGACUUCUGGGGUCCUUGUCUGCUGGAUAUUUGUCUGUUAGAUUUGGAAGGAAGAAGGCCAUGCUGUUCACCAAUAUCCCUGCUCUGCUGAGUGCAACUCUGAUGGGACUCAGCCGGCUGUGUGGAUCCUUUGAGAUGAUCAUCGCUGGAAGAUUAUUUUCUGGAGUAUGUGGAGGUUUAGCUCUGAAUAUCCAUCUCAUGUAUGCUGGGGAAUGUGCCCCACGGAAGCUCCGUGGGCUGAUUGCCAUAACAGCUUCUACUGCCAUUGCCGUCGGAAAGUUUGUAGGAUUUGCUCUGGGUCUCAGAGAAGUCCUCGGAGUAGUUGCUCUCUGGCCUUUUCUCAUGGCAGCCAAUGCGCUUCCUGCCCUCAUUCAGCUUCUCACCCUCCCCUUCUUCCCAGACUCUCCCCGCUACCUGCUCAUUGACAAAAAGGACAAGGAGGGGUGCAUGAAAGCUGUGAGGCAACUCUGGGGAGACGGUGACCAUACGGCUGAAAUAGAUGACAUGAUGGCAGAGCAAGAAGCCAUCCGUGGGGACAAGGCUAAGAGCGUUUGUGAUCUUUUUCGUGACAAAGCUGUCCGUUGGCAGCUCAUCACUCUCUUCCUUGUCUCCUCAUGCAUGCAGUUUAUUGGCGUCAAUGUGGUUUACUUUUAUGCAUACAAUGUCUUUAUAAAGGCUGGAAUCCCCCCUACUCAAACCCACUAUGUUUCCCUGGGAGUUGGGAUCACCGAGAUCCUCACCACAGUUCUGUGUGGUUUCCUAAUUGAGCGUGCAGGGAGGAAGACACUGCUGUGGAAAAGCUACACUGUUAUGGCCUUGGCUUUAGGCCUCCUCACAGUCACGCUUUCACUACAGGAUUCCUUUUCCUGGGUACCGUACUGCUCUGUUGCACUCAUCUUUAUUUUCAUCAUGAGCUUUGGCAUUGGGCCAGCUGGAGUAUUAUGCCCCUUGCCCACAGAAAUAUUUAUUCAAUCAUACAGACCGGCUGCUUAUGUUUUUAAUGGUGCUACAAACUGGAUCCAACUCUUCAUCCUUGGACUUUUGUUCCCUUUCAUUGUGGAAGGUCUUGGUAGUUUCUGCUUCAUCAUUUUCCUGACAUACUGUCUGUCCAUGGCUAUCUUUGUCUUCCUGGUGAUGCCAGAGACCAAAGGAAAGACCAUGUUGCAGGUCAUGGAGGAGUUCAACCGCCUGAACUACCGAGGAAAGAAGAGACAGCCAGCCCUACAGCAGAGUAACUGCUCAGUGAUGAUUGUUACUAGACUUUAA